AUGGUCGGUUCCGCGAUGCGUAUCGCCAUCCGCCCUCGGCGAAACGCGCCCUCGCGAUCGGUGAGCGGGAGCUUCUCUCGUGUUCGCCCGGGCACCUCCAUCCGGCCGUCCCAAGGGUAUCGGUCAAACAGCACGAGCACCGGCUCACCUCCUGCUCAGGAACCCAUUAUUUUUUCUGGGAUUCAACCGACAGGAGUUCCACAUCUGGGCAACUAUCUCGGAGCUCUCCGGGAAUGGGUGAGGCUCCAAAAUGAGGCGACAGCAGGGACCAAGUUGCUCUUUUCGAUCGUGGAUCUCCACGCGUUGACUGUGCCGCAAGAUGCAGCAUCAUUGCGGAAAUGGAGGAGGGAGGCAUUUGGCACGCUGCUUGCGGUGGGCUUGGAUCCGAGCCGCUCCACGAUCUUUUAUCAAUCGGAAAGCAAACUCCAGUUGCCCGAGGACACAACAUUGGAUGACGCAGACGCGCGGGCACAGCUGCGACUCGGGCUCUUUUCUUAUCCUGUGCUCCAAGCAGCGGAUAUUCUUGUGCAUAGGGCGACCCAUGUUCCGGUUGGCGAAGACCAGAGACAGCAUCUGGAAUUCUCGAGAUACACAGCCAACAGUUUCAACCAUCUCUACGGGCCCAUCUUCCCCACUCCCGAAGCCCUCAUCUCCCCCGCCAAGCGGGUGAUGUCACUCAAAGAGCCAACAUCCAAGAUGUCCAAAUCGCACGCCGACGAAAAGUCCCGCAUCAUCCUCACCGACUCGCCCGCCGUCAUCCACAAGAAGAUCAAGGUUGCCCUCACCGAUUCCGAACCCAGCAUCACAUACGACCCUGCCCAUCGGCCCGGAGUUUCAAACCUGCUUGAGAUCCUGAGCCACUUCGAAGGGCAGUCGUGCGAAGCAAUCGCCUCGGAAUUCGACGGCGCGACCCUCCGGGCAUUGAAAGAGCACGUCGCUCGCCAGAUCGCACAUCACCUUGAAGAGAUCCGGGAGCGGUAUCGAUCGAUCAUGGACGAGAAGACAGGGUACUUGGAUUCGGUGGCGCAGCAGGGUGCGGCGGCGGCACAGGCCAACGCGAGCGUGACCAUGCGGCAGGUUCGGGAUGCGAUAGGGCUGUAA